UCUCCUGAACUUGAUCACACAUUUGCUUCCGGCCUCGAGAUCAUGGAGCUCUACAGGCAUGUGUCGCACACGACACAGGAAGCCCUUGCGCUUCCGCCAAAGUAUCUACGCAUGUAUGGGGACUUUGUGACGAAGAAUGCCAGUGCCGUCAGCCAGAUCGAGGGUGCAUUGCGGUCAUUGACCUAUAUCCUACCAGGUCGGUUUCGCGACACGGAGAUUGCCUCUGAAUCUUUACACUCGAGCGUACAACUGCUUUCGAUAUACCAUGACUCCCUACUCGCUCGCGCCGUGCAGCGUCUACCUGCUUUGCAACGUCCUCAUUCGUCACCACAUACUCGCUAUACCAGGUUCUGGUCGCAAAAGUCACCGGCGUAUAAACGACUCGCCAUGCUUUUGCAAGUAGUGCAAUACACCGAGCUACUAUGUGAGAUGGCAGCAAAGAGGAGGGGAGAGAGGGCGAGGUGGAGGGCAGUUGUCAUCCUUGAGAGCAUCAAGGCUAUGUGCAGAUUACUGCUCAUGCGUUUGACCAACUCUCGCCCCUUGUUGAACCCGCCCUUGCCGGAACGCGAGGCAGACCCAAGCACAUUGGAAGAGAAAGACUCUAGUGGUCUCGAAUCACCACCAUCAGAGAAAUCCGAGGACACUCAGUGGACAAUGCCUAGGACUGGUCUUUCGCUACCUACACUGCCAUCAUCGUCUGACAUAUCCGGCUAUCUGCUUUCUAAAGCUCUGACCGCGGACGACAUCAAACCGCCAAAGGCCCUGUUACAUCGCGUCAACGGAAUGGGAGAACUGGCAGAGGUCCUCUACAUCCUACGACCAGUCAUCUAUGCUGCCGCGAUGCAUUACUGGGCCACCAAGAACAAGAAGAGCUGGCAGCCUUGGGUAUUGGGAGUCACGAUAGAAUACGGUGCCCGCCAGCUGGCAAAGAAGGAUCUCCAAGAAAGGAGAGCUGGCGGAUUACGGGCGUUGACCGCACUCGAAAAGGAGGAACUGAAGAGAAGAGGCUGGAGCCUUGGGUGGUGGCUCAUGAGAGGUGCAUUCUACGAGACCUUUACGAAAGCGUGGAUCCAUUCGGUGACAAACAAGCUCCGAAACAAACCCCUGCUUGACAUGGCUGGUGGUAUUAUUGAAGAUUAUGAGUUCCUAUGGGACCAGUACUAUUUCCCUACAGCGACAUUGUAAUCGGGAAAUGAAGGCUGGCAGGAGCGUUUGAGACGUUAUGAGGAGUUUGUUUGAAGGUUAUCUGGAGGCUAGGUAUCUGGGGGUUAUCAUGGCGUUGCGGUGCAGCAUUGAAAAACAGAUGAUACGGAUACCCAUCACUCGUCGGACAGAGUCGUGUGAUUGUACUAAAGAUUGUGUCAUUCAGCUUCAUGCUGGCUCACUCG